CUGUUCGUUCAAAAGCAGAGCGCAGUUGCAGUUGAAGUAUUGUCGAGGAAAUCUUGCCUGAAAAGAAACUAGAGGCUAUCUCCCAGAUUUGAGGGGAAAGUGAGAGAUAUCGGGUAUGGAGAGGCUACAGAGGAUGUUUGCAGGUGCUGGAGGUGCACUGGGGCACCCACCUCCUGACUCGCCGACACUUGAUUCCUCUGAGCAGGUUUAUAUUUCCUCGCUGGCCCUUCUCAAAAUGCUCAAACACGGAAGAGCCGGUGUUCCCAUGGAAGUUAUGGGUUUGAUGCUGGGGGAGUUUGUGGAUGAGUACACCGUCCGCGUUGUAGAUGUCUUUGCGAUGCCACAAAGUGGUACUGGUGUUAGUGUUGAAGCCGUCGAUCAUGUUUUUCAGACUAACAUGCUUGAUAUGCUGAAACAGACUGGAAGACCAGAGAUGGUUGUGGGAUGGUAUCAUUCACAUCCUGGGUUUGGUUGUUGGCUUUCCGGAGUGGACAUUAAUACACAACAGAGUUUUGAGGCUUUAAAUCAACGUGCUGUGGCCGUGGUGGUGGAUCCUAUUCAGAGUGUUAAAGGCAAGGUUGUAAUUGAUGCAUUUCGGCUGAUUAAUCCACAAACUAUGAUGUUGGGUCAGGAACCAAGGCAGACAACAUCUAACCUAGGGCAUUUGAAUAAGCCAUCUAUUCAAGCUCUUAUCCAUGGUUUGAAUCGACACUAUUACUCCAUAGCCAUUAAUUAUAGGAAGAAUGAGCUCGAAGAGAAGAUGUUACUAAACCUUCACAAGAAGAAAUGGACUGAUGGUUUGACGCUGAGGCGUUUUGAUGCUCAUUCCAAAACCAAUGAACAGACUGUUCAGGAGAUGCUGAACUUAGCCAUCAAGUACAAUAAAGCCGUGCAGGAGGAGGAUGAGUUGCCACCAGAGAAGCUUGCAAUUGCCAACGUGGGUAGGCAAGAUGCCAAAAAACAUCUCGAAGAGCAUGUUUCCAAUUUGAUGUCUUCAAACAUAGUUCAGACUUUGGGAAUGAUGCUUGACACAGUUGUGUUUUAGAGUCAGUGUCAUCAUGGAGUUAUUGAUUAUAUGUCUAGCACUCAAUUACUCAGAGCACUCAUGUUUACCCAAAAAAGAAGAGCACUUUCUUGUUUGUCAGCGGAAACUGAUGUUGAUUAACCUUUUCUACCUCAUAAUGUGAGCGUUUCAGCUGGAGCGGUGGGUUGCAUAUUGUUUGGGGAUAAUGAUCGUUUCAAUAUUUAUUAGUCCUAUACUCCUAUGUGAUUGUGGACUUAA